GCCUUUCCCAGCCUUACGCCUCAGGCUCUCGCGGGGCUGCAGAGCGAAGAUGGCGGCCGAACAAGUCGAAGCGAUGAAUAUGGUGAAGAGUUUCCGGGUGUCUGACCUGCAGACACUGCUGGCCUCUAUGGGCCGCAGCAAGAGUGGCCUGAAGCAGGACCUGGUGGUGCGGGCGCUGAAGCUGGUUCAGUCCGAAUGCAGCCCGGAGCUGCUGAAGAGUGUGCGGCAGCUCUACGAGACGCGCUUCCCCAAGACAUCGGGCUGGCUGGCGGCACGCCGCCCGGAGGCCGUGCCCGUCAGUUACUCGUCCAUCAGCAGCUCGGCGUCCAGGGGCCUGACGCAGUCGCAGGGCGCAGACUACCUCAAUGGCGGCGGCCUCCCCAAGCAGACGGCCGCCCCCGCAGCCGAGGUCAAGCUGGUGUCGCUGCCUUUCUACCAGACCCUGGAGACACUGCUGCCCCCCACAGAGCUAAUUGCCCAGAAUAAUGAGAAACUGCAGGACAGUCAAUGCAUAUUUGAACUGACACAAAGUCAAGUGGAUCAAAUCAGAAACUCCAGUGAACAUCGCCCAGGCAUUAAGUCUGUCCAGGUGGUUCUCAGAAUCUGUUAUACAGACUCCAUUGGUGUUCAGGAAGAUCAGUACCCCCCUAAUAUUGCUGUGAGAGUCAACCAGUCCUUCUGUCAUGUGCCAGGUUACUACCCUUCUAAUAAACCGGGUGUGGAGCCACGUCGCCCCUGCCGCCCCGUCAAUAUCACCCCCUGGCUGCAUCUUUCCACCACUACCAACAGAGUCACCAUCACGUGGGGCAACUUUGGCAAGCGUUACUCGGUGGCUAUAUAUCUUGUGAGGGUCUUCACGUCAGCAGAACUCUUCAAUCAGCUCAAACACUGCUCAGUGGAGAGUGCCGAACGUUGUCGUGAGCGCAUCCAAGACAAGUUGCGCUUCGACCCAGAGAGUGAGAUUGCCACCACGGGGUUGCGAGUAUCCCUGAUUUGUCCACUGGUGAAGAUGCGUCUGGGUGUGCCAUGCCGCGUGCUCACCUGUGCACACCUGCAGUGUUUCGAUGCCGUCUUCUUCUUGCAAAUGAACGAGAAGAAGCCCACCUGGACCUGUCCAGUCUGCGACAAGCCCGCUCCCUUUGAGUUGCUCACUAUUGACGGGUUGCUCUCUGAGAUACUGAAGGAGACCGAGGAGGAGGUGGAGGAGAUCGAGUACCUGACCGACGGCUCCUGGAGACCCAUUGGAGACGAGAGGGACAAGGAGAAGGAGCGCGAGCGCAGCCACACGCCUGUCUACCCCCUGGUUGACAUAUGUGUCUCGGAGGUGAAUGGCCACUCUCCAGCCCACAGCAGCACCAGCCAAUCAGCGAAGUCGGGAUCAGGCGGGUCGUCGGCCCCGGCAGCGUCGGGCGUGGUGGUCGACCUGACGCUGGACUCCUCCUCCGACGAGGAGGCCGGCGGCGGUGGCGGCGCGGGAGGAGACAGCUCUGACACAGACGACAGCCAGGACAGCCCGUCGCCCAAGAGAGGCCGGUACAACUACGACAAGGACCUGGUGACGGCCUACUGAGUGGACUUGAGAAGGACGGACUCGCAAGACUGAGAUAAUUACGGUGUGACGGAGGGGGGCGGCGAGAGGGGGACAAGGCCUGAUGUUUGGGCAAGGAAUUUUGGAAAGUCCCAGAACACCCCCCUCCCCCAUCCUCCUCUACACCCACCCUGUGCGGAGACGCAUGUUCACACACACACAGACACACACACACACACACACAAAACACAUGCAACACAGACACACACACCCCAAUGCACACACCAACAUGCACUGUAAAACCUCUGGGGAGUGGUUGAGCUUCCUUUCCCUCUUCACCACUGGAAACCACAGGAGCAGCUCCCUGUCCCAAUCCCCCUCCUCUCCCCCUUUCUCCCCUGCCACCCCUACCCCCAAAGACAAACAAACACGCAAACAGUUUGUUGUGCUCCCCUCUUCUGCUGUGUCCUCCCUUUAAGAGAUCACAACACAAUAAGCUCCAUUGACUCUCCUUUGCCUUCCCACAUUCAUCCCCCCUUUCAGUUUGUGGAGGACAUGGUGGUGUUUUGGGUCCCAGAAUGCAACAUCAGGCUCUAGACGCCAUUACUGUCCCGUGUCCUCCACCCUCGAGUGGGCAACCGCCACCCUCGACAUCCCACCAUCUGUGACUCUGUUCAGAGGUCAACGUGUAAAGCAGCAAACGCAAGUGUGGACUUGUGCAUCAUCUCCUGACCUUUUAGGCUUUAUCCUCUCUUUCUUUGGGCUCUAAUUUUUUUUUUUUUUUUUUGCCAUUUUCACCAUAUAUUCCCACCCCCACCCCCCUCCCACCUAGUUAUUACGAUUCUUUUUUCAAGCCGUAGUAGCUAAUAACCUACCUCAAUUCAAACUGCAAACUUGAUCGCAAGUAGUCCUUAGAGAGGUGACCUUCCAAAACAGACAAAUGCUAGAUGGAUGAUGCUCUUCUUGUCUCUCUUUGUUUCUUUUACCCAUCUUGUUUUCCCAACCAUCUAACUGAAGGGGGGUGGGCUGCCAGCAGACCUGAUUGGCUGGUCUCCUGUGGGUGCAGUUGAAAUUACCGAUCUUUAGUUUGAGACCACCAUCCACCUUCAGUCUCCAUUGAACAAGAGAGCGAGUCAUGGAACAGACACAUGUCUAACUGAAAGCCUUGAUGGUGUUCAGCCGGGGGGAGUGAGUUUUAGAGUUGAAUAAAAGUGUUUUUUUUUUUUUUUGUUUUGUUUUUUUCUUCUCCUAAUGAGGACAAGUAGUUUGAGGAUGUAAUGUACAGGGGUGGCAGUGGAAUGAGUCAUGAGGAAGGAGU